GGAUCAAGAAACAGAGAUCAGAAGAAAGAAGAAGAUGGGUCUUGAGAUCGUCGAGGAGGAAGUGAGUCCAGGGAGCGAGAUGCCGUUGGUUUCGUUGAACCAUGUCUCUUUUGUGGUCAGGUCAGUGAGCAGAUCAGUGAGGUUCUACGAGGAGGUGCUUGGCUUUGUGAGCAUCAAGAGGCCAUCAUCCUUCAAAUUUCAUGGUGCUUGGUUAUACAACUAUGGCAUCGGCAUCCACCUGCUCCAAUGCAAUUCUCUCGAAGAAGUCCCCAAGAAGAAGGGGGUCAUAAACCCGAAAGACAACCACAUCUCCUUCCAAUGUUCAAACAUGCACCUUCUAAUUCGCAAAUUAGAAGAAAUGGGCAUCCAAUACGUGACCGCAGUGGUCGAAGACAGUGGCAUCCAAGUCGAUCAGCUGUUCUUUCAUGAUCCAGAUGGAUAUAUGGUGGAGAUAUGCAACUGUGAAAAUAUCCCGGUUCUGCCGUUGUCUUCAUGUCCUCUGAAGUUUCCAUAUCCAAAAGAUAUGACGCUAAGCUCCAUAUAUGGAAGUAAAGGGAAUCCCAUGUUCCAGUCGAUGUUCCAGUUUGGUUCAUGUGGUGCUGAAGCUGAAUCUGUCAUCAUGGAGGCCUUGGUCACAGACAUCAUGGAUAUCUCCUUUUGAGGAUGAGGUUCAAUUUGUUCGUCGAUAUAAAACGGAGAAGAUGUUUUGAAAGAUGUUGUUUAUAGCAUAUAUCAGUAUUUGAAUAUGUGUUUGUGUAGUACAAGUUAUCCGGGUCUGAGAUUGCAAUCAUGGAUUCUGAUGAGUGAGCGAGAUAAGGAGGUGUAGAACUUUAGUAAUUCCUAUUUUCCUUACUUUGUUAUGUUUAAGAAAGAGAAUAGAGGUGUUUGCAAAUAAUUUUUAUGACAGGAUAAUAAAUUUGUUACUCUUCUCCUCA